CACAGCUUAGGUUACUCUUCUUCUUCUUCAUUUUCUUCAUCCUCACCGAUCAUUUUCUUUUGGUCACGUAGGAUGCGACCUAGCGACGUCCACUGAAGCUGCUCAACGGGGUGUAGUUCGCCUCGCUUUGCGGCGGGACGAGCUGCAAUGCUCUCUUUCACUGUCUCUAGCAUGGCGGCGGCAUCUCUGGGACUGGGUUUGUCCAACCAUGCACCGUGUUCCAGCACUCGUGCCUCGAUCUCGAGCAUCACAAAGCGCAGUGAGGACAGCAUUCUCCUGGUCUUGACAUCCUCUAGCUCCGGCGCAACCAGGAUGCGGAAAGGUGGGUACUUGGCAAUCGGAUCGCCGCACACCCAGUACUCCCACAUAGUCGACAAGGGACACACGGGGAUCGUGAAAUCCUUGGGGAAAUGGUGCAUCAAAUUGUCGUCCCACUUGAAGGCUCGCGGAUACCUGGCGCGCUUAGCGGGGACUAAAUACACUGUAUCUCUUCCAACUCGCUUCACCGUAACACUAGGUAUCGUCGAUCUCCGUAUCUCCGGCGGGACAGGAGACCCAACGUCGCUCCCAACGCUCAGAGACCGUCGCACAGCAGCAGGUGGAGCAGUCUCCAGCGUCCGCACUGGCUGUACAGAGCUGGAAGCUGCAGGGGUGGGUCGGAUCCGGAACGGCGCCGGGCUCAACUCGGUUGAAACUGUCGGGAUUGACGGUGAAGCGGGAGCUACAUGUAGAGCUGACACCGGAGUGAUUGUCCUUGCUGCGAGGUAGAAUUGUCGCGCGUUGGCAAGCUCUUGUCGCGCAUCGGAAGCUGUGCGAACGGCGUAGUCGAGGCCGUGGCGCGUGUCCUGAAGUGUCUGCUGGAGAAGGCGGUAGCGUGGCGCCGACUCUUCUUCGUCGAGGGGUGAAGCCUCCACCCAGUUGUGGAUGUCCUCGACACAACGCUUGUACUGCUGCAUCCAAUAGGCAGCGUCAGCGUCGGCGCGCGCAAGCACCUCAUGUGCCGCCUUCACCGCGCCAUCGAGCUCCAUCUUCGAGCAGUAAUACUAUUCAAAUGCAUAUGUAGAAGACGUCCCUGUUCAAAAGCAUAUCGUUCCUCGAUGGUGAAAAUGUGGUACAGAUCAAUUGUUGAAGGAUCAUAAAUUCGGAGAGUUAAUUUCAAGUGAUAACCCAAAAUAUCGC